CGCCCCGCGGGCCAGACUCUGGGAACCCGCGCGGCCCGGGCCCCGCAGGCGCACCUGAGCCCGGGGCGUGCCCCGCCCCCUCGCCCGGGCACGUGGGCCGGGGUCUGCGGGGCCAACCGCGGGCGGCCGGGGGAGGAGUCGGGGCCCACACUAGCGGCGCCGAGCACCCAGCCCCUUUGUCUCCCCCGCCCCCUCUUCCCCACUUCCUGCCCAGCUUUAAACUCGGGAUCCGCGGCGCGGCGCGGACUUUGUAAACACGCGGCGCCUGCGGGGGUGGAGACUGUUUGUGUUGGGGCGCCCGGAGGAGGAGCGCACGCCCCUCGGCUCGGCUCGAGGCGGUGGCGACGCCCCCCUCCCCAGAGGCAAGUCCGAGGCGGCGGGACGAUGAGGCCACAGUCGGUGCUCCGGGGGGCUCACCUGCUCUGGAGGUCUGUGAGGAGCAGCGCUGCGAGGAGGAAGUCUUCCCCCUGGCCAUGAACUACCUGGAUCGCUACUUGUCCUGCGUCCCCACCCGAAAGGCGCAGUUGCAGCUCCUGGGUGCGGUCUGCAUGCUGCUGGCCUCCAAGCUGCGCGAGACUACGCCCCUGACCAUCGAAAAACUGUGCAUCUACACCGACCACUCUGUCUCUCCCCGCCAGCUGCGGGACUGGGAGGUGCUGGUCCUGGGGAAGCUCAAGUGGGACCUGGCAGCUGUGAUUGCCCAUGAUUUCCUGGCUCUGAUUCUGCACCGGCUCUCUCUGCCCCAGGACCGACAAGCCCUGGUCAAAAAACAUGCCCAGACCUUUUUGGCCCUCUGUGCCACAGAUUACACCUUUGCCAUGUACCCGCCAUCCAUGAUCGCCACAGGCAGCAUUGGGGCUGCAGUGCAAGGCCUGGGUGCUUGUUCCACAUCUGGGGAUGAGCUGACGGAGCUGCUGGCAGGGAUCACAGGCACUGAGGUGGACUGCCUGCGGGCCUGUCAGGAGCAGAUUGAAGCUGCGCUCAGGGAGAGCCUCAGAGAAGCCGCCCAGACCUCGCCCAGCCCGGCGCCCAAAGCCCCCAGGGGCUCCAGUAGCCAGGGGCCCAGCCAGACCAGCACUCCCACAGAUGUCACAGCCAUCCACCUGUAGCCUUGGAGAGGCCCCCUCCUGUGGCCCCUGGCAGCAGAGGAGGGGACAAAUGCUGCCCCCACCCCCCUGCCUGUAGGAAUGAACCACGCCACAUCUGAGACCUGAGGGGGCUCCUUCCUAUCUGCCCCUUGCAAAGCUGAAGGGGUCAGGCCCUACCUAUCCUUGCAGUGUGCACUAGGGGGCCUGGCUGGUCAUGUUUGCGUGGCUGGUCAGGCUCCGCCUUUUCUCUCUGCAUCUGACCAGCUCCCCUCUUUCCUGAUCCUAGCUGGCGGUGGGCCAGGCUGGUCAGAAAUGAAAUUGAAGUAGGUGAAUUGUUUUAACAUGUGCCAGCAUUCCUUUUUGAGCCCCCUCAUCUCUGGGGCUCUCCUGUUCUCAGAUGCCAACAUGCCCCCAGUGCCUUGUAAAGGUGUCGCACCUUCCAGGGUUAUUGCAUUUGGAUUAGGGCCUUUCUGAAGGAGUUUCAGAUAUUCUGAUAGACGUGUGAAGGAAACAGUCUGGACAGCUCCUCCUGACACACUUUGUGGGGGUCCCUGUAUAAAUCCAUGCUCACAGCUGCUCCUAGAGGGAGGGCCCAGGCCUUGGUCAGAGGGGUGGAACCAACCAAUUCCUCCUUGCUUUGCUUUCCGCUCAGCUUCUCCUGUGUGAUUGAGGGGGGUCAGUGCUUAAGGAAGAGGUGGUUUUAAUUUAUUAAUUGUUUUGAGGACAACUGUAAGAGGGUGUAGUGGGGCCCGGCUACCCCACAAAUGGUAACCCUGGUGGUUGCUGCAUCCCUCCCCUCUGCUACUGGCUAGAGGAUCUUUGUGGCCAAGGAGCUGCUAUAGCCUGGGGUGGGGCCAUGCCCUCCUCUCCCUCUGGCCCUCUGCCCCAUCCUCCAGGGGUACAGGACAGAGCAGGGAUAAACUGGAGGUGACUGAGCCCCUGUCUGGAGAGAGAGGCAAGCCCUGUUGACACAGGUCUUUCCUAAGGCCACAAGGUCCAGGCUGGUGGCCCAGGACCAUCAUGCUACUACCUUAAUAAAAAUUCUGGAAUAAA